AUGGGGAUGCAGGGUCAGUGUUGGUGGACUCUGUGUGCCAGCUACUUGACUCGGUGGUGGCGGCGUGCAGGGAUCCCCCUCCGCUGGGACCUCGGACCUCGUCCUGCAGGCCUGCCAGGUCGCAGCUGGAGCGAUGGACCUCUUCUGCUCUCAGAGGCUGCCGUCUGUAGAGUUCAUGAGACGUGUGGAAGCGUCGCUGAGGGAGCUGACUGGGAUGCUGCUGCACAGUAAUCACAUCAGCAGGCUCCAGACUGCAGAGAAGCUGACGGAGUACCUGAUCGCGCUGGGGAGCAGCAGCAUGUCAAACUCCUUCCUCAUUCGUCACAUCCUCUCUCAGAUCAGCGCUCUGGCUGAUCGGCUCUGGCAGGCCUUCCAGGAGAAGGAGAGCUCAGGGCUCGACAAGUUUCCCGUGGACCAGUAUCAGAACUCGUGCCACCUGUUCUGGAUCGUAGAGGAGCUCCUGCAGAAAUCAAAGGGCUUCCCGCUGGCUGCCUCUUCGGUUCGGGCUUUCCAGAGGCUGAUUGUGACCAUCAGUACCAGGUGCUCUCCGCUACUCAUUAAUGACACUCAUUUGUCAAGAACACAAGCAGUAAUGGAAGCGCAUUGUCAAUAUUGCAGCCAGCAGGGAACGUUGCUUUGGACGCCAGUCCCACUGCAGUGGCGGAGGCUCGUGUUUGUUAAAAAGCUUCCCCACCCAGUGACAAUCUGGACAUUUUCAAGUGAGACCUGCAAGCUAAUGAUUGACUUGAAAAACCAGCUGAGUAUUUCCAUCAAUGUCUUGAUUCCACUGUACACCUGAACCUAAUUUAUACCCUGAUGAUCAGACCUGAGCUUCACUUUUGUGCUUUUCAGAAUAAGUGGAGGAAUUAGAUGAUAUAUCUAGGGCUGCGACUACUGUAUCUGCACUGUAUUUACAAUUGAUUAAUUGGUCGCUUAUUUUAUUUAUCAGUUGGCGAGUGUUUAAAAUGUCGCAAUGACACAUGAACAAAGCCCCCGCACAAUUUUUCAGAAUCCGACCGACAGUCCAAAACUCAAAAAUAUUUAAUUUGGAAUCAUAUGAAACAGAGAAAAGCAGCAAAUCCUUACAUUUGAGAAACCAGAUAAUGUUUGGCAUUUAUGCUUAAUAAAACGAAUUAAUUAAUUUAGUGCUGGACCGAUAAAUUUGACCAGGCCAAUAUUAUUGCAGAUGCAUCUUUAUUAUGUAUAUAAUGUUAUUAAUCUGCUUUUCUGACGGCCAGAACCUGCGACUCUUAUGCUCACACUGUACCGAUCAAUUGAGCUGCCACAACUGAUCAUUGAUCAUUCAGGCAAUAUCAGGCCCCUCAAAAUGCACGUCAAAAGACAACCGAUCUGGCAGAAAUUCUGCCCAAUCCUAAAAUUAGUUGGAGUCUACCAACCGGUUUGUGUUUUAAAUCGGGCUCAAUCCAUACAUUGUCUGCCUGGCUUUACCUGAUGGCGUCUGGUGAAGGCAUGUGAACGGUGUCUGUCCACACCGUCCGUCUUACGGUAUUCCUCUGGGUUCAAUCCUGGGUCCUUUUAAAACUGCAGUACAUAUGAAUGCUUCUUGACCUUUACUUCCUUCCCUUUAAGAAAAUAUUUCCAAAGUUUAAACUACAAAAUUGAAGGUCACACUGGAACAUCCAGUCUUUUUAUCAACAACUGUCAUCAGCUUCAUUCCUUGGCAUUAUAAUAGACCAAAUAUUAAACUGGAAAUAGUGUGCCAAACAUACAUUUGCAGCCAAGUAAAAGCAUAUCAAAGUCUUAUUUUAUAUUAAUAUCAAUAUUCUUAUUGCAAAUGUAUAUAUUUUGGUGUUCCUCCUUAUAGUGUUAUUGUUGUAGGGUUGUUUUAACUUCAUUGUUGAUUUUGAACACAGAAAAUAUAACUACAAUAAUUUUGUAAUCUGCCUGUGCAUUGUUAUUAACUUGCGCUUGAUUGAAAAGUAACUCUAAAUGAGCUUUCAGAUGCACUUAGGGAGCUCUGUUUUCUACUUUGCGUUGAUGCAAAAUGAAUUUCAGCAGCUCCAGAUGUGUCAAUAAAUUACCUCAA